AUGUUUAACAGACUUGUUGAUAGUCCUGUGAGAAAUACGUACUGGCAGGAGGUGAUAGUUACCUGAUACCUCAAGCUGUCCUGCUCAGCUUUUUAAUCCUUGUUGCAGGUAACUGCUCUUGCAACUAGGAGUGGGCUGUAUGAAAACUCCUAGAGGAAAUGCCAGCUGGGAUGGCUAAAGAUCUGGAGGAAACUGACUCAUCCCCGGAGGAGGAAGAAGAUGCUAUAGAUGGACUGGAGGAUCAUCCAUGUAUCAAGUGGACCGGUGGUGGCUGCAGGCGAGUCCCUGUUUUGGUGUUUCAUGCUGAAGCCAUUCUGACUAAGGACAGCUACCUCCGUCUAAUUGGAGAGCGCUUCCACAUGUCCUAUAAGAUUGUGCGAACGGACAGCCGGCUGGUUCGGAGCAUUCUCACUGCCCAUGGAUUCCACGAGGUUCACCCUAAUAGCAGCGAUUAUAAUCUCAUGUGGACAGGAUCACACUUGAAGCCCUGCUUGCUGCGUUCCCUUACAGAUGUUCAGAAAGUCAAUCAUUUCCCUAGGUCAUAUGAACUGACACGAAAGGACAGACUGUACAAGAACGUCUGUCGAAUGCAGCUGGCCCAUGGGUUCAAGACAUUCCAUAUCUUACCUCAGACUUUCAUCCUCCCGACAGAGUACCAGGAUUUCUGCAAUACCUAUUCUAAGGACAGAGGCCCAUGGAUAGUGAAGCCUGUGGCCUCUUCCAGAGGUCGAGGUGUCUACCUGGUAAAUAAUCCAAACCAAAUUGUAGUGGAAGAUAACAUCUUGGUGUCUCGUUACAUCAGCAAUCCCUUGCUCAUAGAUGAUUUCAAGUUUGAUGUGCGUCUCUAUGUUCUGGUUACAUCCUAUGAUCCACUUGUCGUCUAUCUCUAUGAGGAAGGAUUGGCCAGAUUUGCAACAGUGAGGUAUGACCAGGCAUCCAAGAAUAUUAAAAACCAGUUCAUGCAUCUGACCAACUAUAGUGUCAACAAGAAGAGUGGAGAUUAUGUCAGCUGUGAUGAUCCUGAAGUAGAGGAUUAUGGAAACAAGUGGAGCAUGAGUGCAAUGCUGAGGUACUUAAAACAAGAGGGGAGAGACACUGCAGCACUGAUGGCCAGCGUGGAGGACCUGAUUAUCAAGACUUUAGUUUCUGCUGAGCUGUCCAUUGCCUCAGCUUGUAAAAGUUUUCUUUCACAUCGUGGGAGCUGUUUUGAGCUAUAUGGUUUUGAUGUCCUUAUCGAUGACACUCUGAAACCCUGGCUGUUGGAAGUGAAUCUGUCCCCAUCAUUGGCCUGUGAUGCUCCUUUGGACCUGAAGAUCAAAGCUAGCAUGCUCUCAGAUAUGUUCACUCUUGUAGGCUUUGUAUGCCAGGAUCCAGGCCAGCGGUCAAGCCGGGCCACUUACCAUUCAUCUGAAUCUGUCAGAAGAAAUCCAUACCAGAAGCUGCAGCGUUCUGUGUCUGCACAGUCACAAACAGCAAAUAGCAGAUUGCGUACCCGUCCUCUGUCUGCCAGCGAUGCUGAAGUUAAAAGCUUGAUGCCCUUAGGCAGGGAAAAAGCAACAGGAAGGCACAGCAGCUCUGUGCUAGGCCUCACCAUGGAAGAGAUCAAAGUUCUUCGGCGAGUGAGAGAGGAAAAUGAACGGAGAGGAGGCUUCAUCCGGAUAUUCCCUACCCCAUUAACGUGGGACCUUUAUGGGUCUUUUCUAGAGCACAAGACAUCAAUGAACUACAUGCUGGCUACACGUCUGUUUAAGGGCAGAGCAGGUCUCAAUGGAAGGUCAGAUAUGAUGAUGGAAGCUGUGGACUCUCAUGCUCUCUUUUAUGAGAGGAAGCUUGUUUCACUGGAGCUGCGGAACCGUCGGCGAUAUCGUGGCAAGGCCAGAGCAGCACAGACAAGAGCAUCAGGCACAUCAGAAUCAACAAAGCUGUCCCUCAGGUCGGACACAGAAGAUGAGGAGGAAGAGGAGAUGGAUGCAGAUGAAGAUGAAGAUGAAGAGGUAGAUAGAAGUGUUUGCUCUCUUUCGGACACCCAGGUGAAAAACAAGCCAAAGCUCUCUGACUCAGUGAAAACUCCUUGUAAGGAGAGGUUACCAAAAAAAUGUGACAAGAAAACUGGAGCUGGAGAAGAGCUGUUUCUGCAAAAACCAGACUCAGAAUCUCGGUUUAACUUGCUUCAGAUUCUGCAAAAGCAAGGAAACUUGAGCAAAGUACAAGCUCGUACAGCUUUCUCUGCCUAUCUACAGCACGUUCAGCUCCGACUGAUGAAGGAGGCUGGUGAACAGAUCCAGAAUCCUGCCUGGGCUGCCAAAGAGAAUGAGCAAAUGGAGCUCAUUGUCCGCUUUCUGAAGCGAGCUGCCAGCAACCUCCGUCACUCCUUGAGGCUGCUGCUCCCCAGCCGUCAUUUAGGACUAACUGAUCGUCGUCGUAUCCUGGCCCGCCAGCUGGGCGACUUCAUCAUCUGUUAUAAGAAGGAAACAGAGCAGAUGGUUCAGAAACAAUCAAAAAAGAAACAAGAAGAGGAGGAGGGAGUGAAUCCUAAAGAUUUUCAGAACUUCAUUGCCAGAGCAAGUGAAAGUGACCUGGAGGAAGUACUGACAUUUUACACACACAAAAACAAAUCAGCAAGUGUCUUCCUAGGAACAAAAUCCACAAACACAAAACACAGAAACAGCGGUCACCAGUCAGAGAAACAGCCCCAAGGUGAGCAUCCAGAGAUGGUGAAAAAAAUAAAAGGUGAUCAUCCCAAAAGUUCAGUUGCAGAUCUGUCUGCAGAAGGAGCACUAAAAGCCUGCAAACCCAAAGAAGCUAAACCAAGCUUUCCAGAAGGACUCUCCCUCUGCUUAAAUGCCGAAGCGAAAUUACCUCGGUGCAGCCCUCCUGGUGCUUCUUCCUCUGUUCCUGGUGCCACGUUCCAGAGAAGCACCAGUUCUGGGAUGCCACCUCAGCCUGCAGCCUCUGAAAGUUCAAAUGUGGCUGGUCACCCUUCAUUGCCAGCUCCUCCAGCUGGUCCCAGACUGAUUCAGUCCCCACCCCCACUACCCUCCUUGCAGAGCACAGCUCCUGACAGUUCUUCUGUCCUCACAAACCCAGUGUCCACUGAGACCUGUAGCCUUGCAGGGUUACAUCGUCGUUCUGGUACCUACACCGUUAGCCCAUUCUCAUCUUUUCAGAGAGCUGCUCAGAUCUACAGCCAAAGAUUGUCCUCUGCAAAAGUAGGUCUCCAUCGCAGUUCAAGUGGGCAGUGUGUGGGCUCAGCCAGGAUGCACAAAGAUGCAGAACAUGCUUCUUCCCAGGGCAAACGUCAUGGCCCCAGUGUGGUAGCAGCAGAACUGCAGCAGUUGGCAGAAAAGCAAACAGCCUGCCAGUAUUCCCCACCAAGCCAUGUCAGUCUCCUUACACAGCAGUUAUCAAGCCUGGACUUGGCAAGUGGAGUUAUAAGCAAGGGGAAUGCAGCUGCCCCACAGAGCCACUGGUCACCACUCAACAAAAGAGGGUCACUGUUGCCUGUUCAGUCAGGCACUCAUAGAGAUGACAAAAGAUCUGUCUCUUCAGCAGUCAGGGCUCCAGACAAUCAUCAUUUUGCCAUGGAAGGAGAGAUGGAGAACAGUCUCUACAAGGUGACACGGGGUCCUCUGGCACAUCCCAGCUAUCAGCUUCAGUUUGCUGUGCAGCAACUUCAGCAGCAGAAACUUCAGUCAAGACAGCUGUUGGAGCAAAACCAAACAAGGCAACAGGCUGUUUUUACCAACUCACAAUCCAGCACCAGUCAUAUAUCUAUGCCAGCUGGCUCUGAUGCCCACAAGUCAUCAAGUGCCACUUCUAGUAUUCAGAAGGCAGCCAGUUUGCACAAAGUGAUGCCAUCCCAGAGUACAGCUCCUCAGCUGGUUCCAAAGCCUCCAAGAAACCACAAACAGGCAGUGAUCAGAAAGGCUGCAGCCCAGAGGAUUUCCAAGGUCACCUCCACUGAAAAGCAACUGAAUGGAUUCCAGAGCAGCCUUCACAGUGCUGCAUCCUGUGAGCCAGGGACAUAUUCCACAGCUUCUGCUCGCAGAGAAGGAUUAACACAGAACUCCAGGUGAGGAAUCCCGAGAGUUGCAUCAAGUGUGGGACAAAGGAAGAAGCAGCAGCAGUGACAUCACACCAUCACAUUCCCAUAUCAGCCAAAAAAAAGAGAAGAGGAGGCUUUGGUGAGAGAACACUGAAAAGGGUAUCUAAACAUCUGUGAAAGCAGAUUGUGGUGAUACACCUGCAAGCUGAGGUGAAUGAGUGCUUCUGAGAUCUUCUGCUGCUGAGUCUUUGUCCCUUCCUUCCAUUUCUUCCUGAUCACUAACUGUGUGAGAUCUUUUUGCAAGACAAGAGAUCUUUCUUGCAGCUGUUCUUCCUAAAGUCCAGGUUUGAACAUAAAGUCUCACUUGCUCAGCCAUUUCAAUCUGUUCUAGUCUGGUAAUAGCCAAGAUUCCACACUUUCAUCACGUGGCAACCAUCAGCAGAGAAAAAUAUUAGAACAUGCGACUGGAGAUGUCUAUGUUGGUUGCCAACUUGAAUUUUGGCACAGAGCCAUAGAAAUUAACAGUUUAAAUAAAGUAAUUUCAUUUAUUUGUUGUGGUUAUAAUUUCAGUCAUUAAUUCACACGCCCAAAAUAUUUGCUGUUGUUAUACUGGACAGGAUUUUAAAUCUGUCUUUGUUUCACUGUGGUACACUUGUAUUCUGUGUGGCUUAUUUUAUAUUUUGAUUUCUGUUUGUUCAGACUGUAAACUUUUAAAAUUGGCUGAUGUUUUCAGCCCCAGGCUUGAACCCUAAGGCCCAGGUGGCUCUUAUCAGUUGCAAUAGUAUCUUGGUGAAGCACUCCAGUUAAAAUUUGCCUAGUGUUAUGAAAAUUAGUUUGCAAACAAUGUCAGCAGCUGGAAAUUAUAUUGGAGAGAAGAUCCAUCCAUCCUUAAAAAUGAAAAGGAAGCAGCUUCAGCUCUGACUCUUUGUUGGUGCCAAGUCAAAGGAAAACUCAGUAUUUUCCUUCUUCUGCCUUGUCCAACAGUGAGGGGGUGUGACUGAUAGUUCUCAAAGGUAAAAAAAUCUUCUAUAGCUUGUAUCAGAGUCUUCAGAGAUUGGAUUCAACGUCCUGUUUGAUAUCAUUUCUUGCUCCACUUUCCUCUGUCUUUUCUAGUUUGUAUAGUCAAUGUUAAGAGAUCAUUCAAAUGUGUUGACAAGUAGAUAGUGAUCAACCCAAGGGAUUGACAGAAGAGACUGUAUCAGAGGGGGAAGGUGUUUUCUCUUGAAAUGGUUAUGUUUGUUUUCACUCUUGGAUUCCACAUAUUUUCUGUCACUGAAGACCAGAUAAAUUGUGAGAAGGUUAAAUAAUUAUGUUCAUACCUUAUUAGUUUCACCAUCACUUGCUUUAGGCAUGAAUUCCUAGGACAGAACAUGCAUUUUUCUAUUUCUGGUACACCACACACGUGGCACACUGAAUACUUUACUUGUCCAAAAUGCAGCUUUCUGAUACAACUGUUCCCUUCAUUAGCUUAUCUUUCAUUUCUGUAAGACAGUCACGAUCAAGUUCACGUUUUUGCUGGCUCAUGAUAAGUGAAAGUUUAGUUGCAGAAGUUGUUACUUCAGACUUGUGCAUAUUCUCAGCAGCUGUGGGCUUCGAGACCACAGACCUUAGUUCUGUCUUCUCACAGCCUACUCUGCUGUGCAUGGUAUUGGCUGUCACCUCCAGCUCAGUCAGAGGGGCUAUUUCCAUAUAAGAUUUAGCUUCAGUAACUAACAGCUGCAGGAUAUACAUCUCGUAGGACUUCUCAUCUCUGCUUUUAUUCUCUAGUUUGUUUGUUCAGAUUAUCACAGCCACUGCUGAAAACUGUAGAGAGGUUUGUAGGAUAGAGAUUUAGCUAGCUCAGGGAAGGUGGUUGUCUUAUAGGAAUCAUUGUCAGAAGCAACAUUCUUACAUCUUUGUCAAGAAAAUUACCAAUUAGUGCUGGCUUAUUAUGAACACAGGUGAAUUAUUUUGUCAGCUUAGCCGUAUCAUACCCACUCAUUUUGGAAUAAUGAUUUGAACUUGGUUAUAGACAUUUUUCCUGAACUUCUUUGCAUUGCAUUUUAGAUGUAGCCAACCACCACAUCUGUAACAGUGAUGACUUGGUAGCAGUAUAUUAAAUAUCCUGUCUCUAAGAUUUUUUAAAGAUUCAGGAAAAUGCACGGUGUAGUCUGAGACCCUUAUUUUGAAGGGAUGAAUUUUGUCAGGAGCAGUGAAGACUUGCAUCCUUUUACCUGGGAAAAUUUUUCUCCUGCUUCCAAAAAAUAAAAAAAACCCAACCCAGGAGUAUCAAGACUGGCCCUUUACCUGAAGCCGAACACCUAGACCUUGAAUUCCUAUUUAUGGAUGUGCUCAACCAGAGCAUCAAAUGACAUAGCAGUAUUCCUUUGUCUUGAGCAUCUGCUGAUCCCAUCUCUGAACACAAAUGCUGAUACACUGGGAACAUGUGCAAUAGGAAUCAGGAACAAAUUCUGUGAUUCCAGCCUCUUAUUUUUUCCAUCCCCCUGUGCCCUUCAGCCUGUAGUCCAUAUGUCUUUGUGCAUGAUGGGUACUGUGUACUGAAGGGUAACGUGUAUUUUGUCUCUUUGCAGCUCUGCCAUGUCUGUCUGUCCCUUUCCAUAAGCCUUGCAGUGCUCCAGUUAAGAGAUUCAGUGGGGAAGCAUAGAACUGUUUCUCACCCAUCUAGGGAGAGAAGGUAUUUUACAGGAAGUGUUUUCUACUAUGAGGGAGGAAAGUAGAACAGCAAACUAUUUUGGAUAUAUAAUAGUUGCACAUUGGGAAUACAGUUAUAUGUGUUCCUCAAGUGUGGUUUAUUUUUUCUCUGUAUCCUUCAAUGGUUCCAUCAGAAAUGUCCUUCUUCACUGUAAGAAAAUUACCAAUAGAAAGCCCCAACAAUCAUUGAGCAUCUAUUUCGGAGGUGACAGUGAAUAAUGUAAUCAAAAGAUCCCCCCUCUUCUGUGAUGUUUGUAUCACUUCUAAAUUACAGAGACUGUUCUAGUGACAGAGCAUUAGGCUUAUUUGCCUUGAAAGCAGUAAUGUGCACAUCAGAGUCCUGGAGGUUGAGCUAAUGAAGAGUUCAUACAGCAUUGUGUGCUGUGUUUUAGGUGAUGAGCAUACCACGACAUAAAAAUUAAGGGAAGGGAUAUUAGAGUCUCUCCUUUCCAGAAGAGCUGACUUGUGCUCAAUACAUGAAGUAUCAAGUUUCCUUUUAACAUGUUUUAUCUUGACCUUUAAAACAGACUCACAGGGCAUGUGAGUGCCAUUAGUGGGAGAUCAUGUUGUGACCCUAGACAAACUAUUUAGUCUUGGAUGCCAACAAGAUGGACUGAAAUUUAUAUUCUCAUGACUAGGUAUGUUUUUGGACAAUCAUGAUUUGGUUGAAAUGCUCCUCACUAUGAUGCCUGCAAGGUCAACAGAUGCAUCUCUGAUAUGGGUUCCACAUUGUGGAAGGAAGUUUUGGUAUCAAGACCUUUGUUUACUAGUAGGAAUCUCAGUGCUGUGCCUUUUCCUCAUAACAGAUACUCUCCAUAUGCAUGGAGU